AUGGGGUUGCAAGGAACACGGCUUGGCAUUUUCCGGGCAUACUUCUUCGGAUUCUUCGUCUGUACGGCGGGUUUCCUCUUCGGAUAUGACACCGGGAUCGUCGGUGGUAUCUUGGAGUUCAAGUCAUACGUCAAUGAUUUCGGCUACAAAGACCAGACCACCGUGAGUGCGGUAAUGGUCAGCUUGCAGAAUGUCGGCGCCUUUUUCUCAGCACUGAGUAUCUUCUGGGUGUCUGAAAGGUUUGGUCGGAAGAAGACUGUCCAGGCAGCCAUGACUGUCUUUUGCAUCGGUGUCAUUUUGCAGGUUGUGCCCUCUCACUCCCUCGUUUGCUUCUACAUCGGACGAUUCGUGGCCGGUCUUGGUCUCGGCGCUGGCACUGCCGUUGUCCCCGCUUACAAUGCGGAGAUGGCUCCCAAAGAGAUUCGCGGAAAGCUUGGUUCCGGAAUGCAGUGGCUCUUCGCCCUCGGUGUUAUGCUGAGCUAUUGGAUCGACUAUGGAGUCAAGAUUGGACUGCCGGUCUCUUCGAAGCAAUGGCAAAUUCCAGUUGGCCUGCAGAUGGUCCCGGCGGGAGUUCUUGGUCUGGGUCUCUUUGCUAUGCCUGAGAGCACCCGCUGGUUGGCCAAGAAAGGUCGCUUUGACGAAGCAUUUGAGAGUCUGAAAUGGAUCCGGGCUAGCGAUGGUCCCGAAGUUAAGGCCGAGUUCAAUGAGAUCCGAGUCGGACUCGAGGAAGAGUUGAGGGCCACCGAAGGAUUCCAGAAGCGCGAGCUCCUUGAGCCUGCUAACCGCUAUCGACUGGCGCUUGCCUUUUUCAUGUUCUGCGGUCAGCAGUGCACAGGUAUGACGGCGUUGGCCUACUUCGGUCCUCAAUUCUUCAAGUUGAUCGUCGGCGACAAUACCGAUCAAUCGCUUCUUAUCACCGGUCUCUUCGGAGCCGAGAAGUUUGUCACUGUCGGCAUUUACAUCCUGUUCUUUUCAGAGAUGUGGGGACGUAAACCCACACUUUGGAUUUCGGCUCUGCUGAUGGCAUGCUGCUUUAUCAUUGUGACUGUGGUCAAAGAGACUACACCGGAGCCGGACUCCAAGGCCACCCCGGCUGGUAUCGGGAUGGUGGCCAUGAUCUUCUUGACCAAUUCGAUCUACCAAUUCAGCUGGGGGCCAUUGCCGUGGCCGUACACUGCCGAGAUCUUCCCUACCCGAAUUCGUGCCGUGGGAACUUCGGUCGCAGUGUCCACGCAGUGGCUGUUCAAUUUCCUCUUCUCCCUGGUGACACGCUAUAUGAUGAAUGCGUGGGGCAGCUAUGUUUUCACAUUCUAUGCCAUUCUUGAUAUCAUCAUGGCUAUCAUCGUGUUCUUCUUCGUCAAGGAGACCAAAGGCAAGAGUCUCGAGGAGAUGGAGAGCAUCUUCAACAGCCGGGCUGCAUUUGAUGUCGAUGCUGUGCGACGGGAGACCCUCGUGGAUGAGGUGAAUGUGCAUCAUAAAAGAGAUUAUCCGUAG